CUAAGUUGAAGGAUUCGCUUCUUGAUGGAGGGUUGCCACAAGAGACACUUGAUCUCCUGAUAUAUGGUCCUGAUUCUUCGGUCACUGCCUCUAUUACACGUACAGGGCUACCUGUCGGCCACACCACGCCCAUCAGACAGGUUUCAGGCAACACCAAGAACACAGGGCUGAAAACAGGCAAUAACAGUGAAGCUGCUCAGGACUAUGGGGGGGUCGAUGCUUCUUUCCCUUGCGAUGAAGCGCAGGAUGAAUGCGUGGGCAUGUCCAAAGGCGAAAGAUCUGCCUCGACCAACAUGGCCCGUCGUACUGUUCUCCUCCACAGUCUACCCACUCGCGUCUCUCUGAAAGACAUCACCGAUUCAAUCAAAGGUGGCCAGAUUAUUUGCAUUUUUAUCCGUGGUCGCGACCCAUAUGCACAGGUGUCCUUCGUUGAAGAAUCCGCCGCCCAGAGGUUCAUACAGCAUGCAAAGCAGUUUGACGUUUACGUUGCAGGAAAACGUGUAGAAGUUGUGUGGAGCGACCGUCUCUUCCACCUUUCCUCCUAUGUUCGAACGAAGAUAGAGGGAGGUGCCACUCGGAACCUGACCAUCGUCAAUGUGAAUCCAAACAUCACGGAGGGGAUGAUACGCAGCGAUUUGGAACACAUCCACAACCUCGCCGUCAUCAAGGUGGAGUUCAAACAAGGGGAUGCGUUCAUUUACACUAACUCGGUCCACAAUGCUCUCUUCGCGCGGUCUUGCCUGCUAUCUCGGAGUUUCUAUAAGGGUAUGAAAAUUGAUUUUUUUGCUGACGAAUGCGCUGAGCCUCUGGUCGACGGGCCCAUUGGUCUUCGGGCUGCAUUCCCGGCACUUUCUAGAAGACAGCCGCCAUCUUCGAUCCGGAACCGUUUUCAACUUCUUUCUUUGGACGGAACCGACGACGACGACGAAGAAGAAGAAGAAGGUGGUGGUGAUAUUGUUGAUGCUCAUGCUAAUGGAGACAAUAAUAGCGAUGGCGAGGACGGUCAACUCAGGCUGGGCCCCAUGUGUCUCUCAGCAAUGGAUUUUGUUGGGAACAAGUUCGCCUUGCUGCAGGAUGCAUAGCCAUCGGUGAUAGUAUCCCGACAUGGCAUAAAGUUAGUCCAAUUUAAUAGCAAUGAGCAAUCAAAAUAGCAGAG